AUGCUGUCUCACGCCGACCUCCUGGACGCCCGUCUCGGGAUGAAAGACGCGGCCGAGCUGCUGGGACACCGGGAGGCGGUGAAGUGUCGGCUGGGCGUAGGGGGCUCGGAUCCGGGGGGACACCCGGGAGACAUGGCUCCCAACUCAGACACGGUGGAAGGGACAACCCUGCUGCCAGGGGAGGACAUCACCACGGUGGGAUCCAACCCCAGCUCCCUGGCCGUCAGCGCCAAAGACCCUGACAAGCAGCAAGGCCAGCAGGGCGGCCAGAACUCCAGCCAGGCCGGGCAGCAGCAGGGUCAGCAGAAGCAGAAGCGGCAUCGCACUCGCUUCACGCCGGCGCAGCUCAACGAGCUGGAGAGGAGCUUCGCCAAGACUCACUACCCGGACAUCUUCAUGCGGGAGGAACUGGCCCUGCGCAUCGGUCUCACCGAGUCCCGGGUGCAGGUCUGGUUCCAGAACCGCCGCGCCAAGUGGAAGAAGCGCAAGAAGACCACGAACGUGUUCCGCGCCCCGGGCACGCUGCUGCCCACGCCGGGGCUGCCGCAGUUCCCGUCGGCCGCCGCCGCCGCCGCCGCCGCCAUGGGGGACAGCCUGUGCUCGUUCCACGCCAACGACACGCGCUGGGCCGCGGCCGCCAUGCCCGGCGUGUCGCAGCUGCCGCUGCCGCCGGCGCUGGGCCGGCAGCAGGCCAUGGCGCAGUCCCUGUCCCAGUGCAGCCUGGCGGCCGGCCCGCCGCCCAACUCCAUGGGGCUCUCCAACAGCCUGGCGGGCUCCAACGGCGCCGGGCUGCAGUCCCACCUCUACCAGCCCGCCUUCCCCGGCAUGGUGCCCGCCUCCCUGCCCGGUCCCAGCAACGUGACGGGCUCGCCCCAGCUCUGCAGCUCCCCGGACAGCAGCGACGUGUGGCGGGGAACCAGCAUCGCCUCUCUCCGCCGCAAAGCACUAGAGCACACAGUCUCCAUGAGUUUCACCUAA